UGUCACCUUGGAAACACAAAGUAUAAAUCAGCAAAGCAGAGAAAAGCUGCACUCGAUGCAUCUGCGAUCAUCUAACCGCGUCUGAAAACGAUGAUCAUCGACGGCUCCUCGCGUCUAGCUUAGUCUCAUUUAAGAUGGCGACUUAGUGCAGAGAGGUAACGCGGUUAUUACAUGUCGACAUGUCCCUUCUCAGAGUGUGUGCCCUCGCCAGAUGUCUGCACCGCCGCGGUUUGUUUGAGAGGUGUGCUGCUCGCGUGUCCUUCGCGGACUGCUGUCACCUGUGCGUGUCGAGGAGCAGCGGCGCAGUCAGACGGAUAUCAGUGACACCUCUGCAGCUUCAAAAAAGAAAUGUUUCGUUUGUAUUCCCAAAGGCAGAAGACGGAAAGAAGCGUGUACUGGAACAGUCUCAGUUGUUAGACGUGCUUGAGGCCAGGAUUACCCAACUCCAAUCCGACGUCGUUCUAGAUGUCCAGCAUGCAAAGGUGCAGUUUAUUAAAGCCCCGUCCGCUGGAAGGGGGGGUAUAUCUGGCAAGGGUCCCAAAAGCACACCUAAGGAAAAAACUGACAUUCCUAAAUCACGACAGACUGUUGCUAAAGGAGCUUCUAAAUCUCAGACCAGCCGCUGGAUGAAAAAAUUAACUGAGGAAAAGAAAAACAAACUUAAGAAACAGCAGCACCUCGAGCUGAAAAUACAGAAGAAUGUCAAGGAGAAACCUACAGCCCAAUCUAAAGCGAGCAAAAGCAGCUUAAUGCUACCUGGUACUUCAAAAAAAAUUAUAUCUACCACAGCUAAAAAGACUGUGCCCUUUAAUAAGAAGAAAAGAGGGCACAUGACAUUGUCUGAUGAGAUUCGUGCUGCAGUUUCUUCAACGCUUGCCCCCGCUGCUACUGCUACUGCUACGGCUGGUGCUGCUACUGCUGCUGUUACUGCUGCAGCAGGGAGAGCACCCAUGCCAGCAGCAGCCAUGCCACAUAAAGUAUCUAAAGGGAAACCGAAGCACGCUAAAAAACAGGUUUGCAGUAAAGAGGACCAAAAUCAGACAGUUACCGAUGCCAAAGAGCUGGCUGAGCUGGAGGAGCUGGAGAAAAGGCUCAAUGAGCAACUGAACCAGUGGACGUCUUCACAUAACCCAGAGCGCCUACAGGAGGCCACUGUAGGAACAGCAUGUGGGGACAUCGUGCUGAGCAUCUGCGCUUACCUGGAGGGGUGUGUGUUUGCCGGGGACAUUGACAGGGCACACUCUUUCCUGCUCAGCCAGCACAGAGUUAUGAGUCGACGUAAACAUCUGAACACAGACAUCUACAACAUCUUGAUGAGGGUGUGGGCCAAGAAAGGCACAUUGAAUCACAUUGGCCGCAUCUUCAUUUUGUUAGAAGAGGCUGGUCUGAAGCCAAAUCUGGGUUCCUACUGUGCUGCCCUAGAGUGUAUGGGUCGCAAUCCCAACUGCUCCCCAAAGAUUGUCACAAGGUGCCUGAGCCAGAUGGAGGAGGACGGCCUGUCUGUCGAUGAUGUGUUCAGUCAGUGUGUGUUCCGACAAGAUGAGAGAGACAUGGUGCUAAAGGCCUUACGCAUCGUCCAGCCUGACUACCAACCCAACCUCAAUGUGAACGCAAGCCCUUGCUCCUCAUCGCUGGUUCAGGACUUCUACACACAGAGGGUAGAUCACCAGUACCCCAAACUGGACUUCACUCGGGAGGAGCUUCAGGAGCGUUUCAAGCAACAGCUCAGCAUCGAACAGUCCUGCACAGUCACCAUUGACUCUGUGGAAGCUGUUAAGCCCGUCACAAAAAACAUGGCCAAAAUGAGGAAGCUGCUGGCGGAUCAGCGGGCACAUUGGCAGAAUAUUCUCCUCCAGGCCCUGAGGGAGAGCAAGAUGAUCCUGGCUAACACCAACACCAAGGACUACAGGCUUAACCUUUAUCCCUAUCUUUGCCUGCUGCAGGAUAGCGAGUAUGUUGACAUCAUGAUACAGAGUGUUGCCAACAUGCCUCCCAGUGGAGAGUCACUGAAGGUUUUAGCCAGCGAUCUGGGCAACAGGGUCUACACCAAAUACUUUGUGCGGCAGAAGUACCAGAGUCAGGCGGUGGAAAAACUGAGCAACAUUUACAACGAUUACACAGACCUGCUUGCCAAAGACACCAAGGAGUAUGACGUCCUUCCCAGGGAGCAGUGGUGUAAGCUGGAGAUGGAGCAGAGUUCAGGACCAACGCUACAGGGAGGAGAGAUCCAAUGGCCGUACAUAGUAACCCUGGAGCUGGGCACUUGGAUGGUGGAUAUAAUGGUUAAGAACCUCAAAAUCAAUAGCGACAUCCUGAACCCGGCUUUUGACAGGAAGCUCAUCCCAAUCCUCUAUCACAUGUACACCUUCCGUAGCACACGCCAGAUUGGCUUCAUCAAGCCCCACCCCAUAUUGACUCAGAUGCAGCAGGACGCCACGGAGACCAAGUUGACCUUUGACUCCUAUGUGAUGCCAAUGCUGUGCCCUCCCGUACCCUGGACUUCUGUUAAGUUUGGAGCCUACCUCCUGACACCUACCAAACUGAUGCGCACUGUGGAAGGGGCCACACAACAUGAGGUGUUGUUGGAGAAAUGCCAGAACCUCCAACCAGUCCUUGACUCUCUCAACCAGCUGGGAAACUGUGCCUGGACAAUCAACAAACCCUUGUUGGAUAUUAUUAUCUCCAUCUUCAAUGAUCGGGGUAGUGAUAAGUUAGACAUCCCUCCACCUCUGUCAGAGGCCCCCCAAAUACCUCACUUCAACCCCCAAGAUCCCUCUUAUACUGCUUCUGAGAAAGCCCACAUGAAGAAGCAGGUGAUUAAUGCUAAAAAGAAAUGCAGUGAGAUGCACAGCCUGCGUAUGGAUGCUCUAUAUAAACUUUCCAUCGCUAAUCACAUGCGGGAUGAGAUCUUUUGGUUCCCACACAACAUGGACUUCCGUGGACGAACCUACCCCUGUCCACCAUACUUUAAUCACCUAGGCAGUGAUGUCACACGGGCUGUCCUUGUGUUUGCAGAGGGAAAGCCCCUCGGUCCGAAGGGCCUGGACUGGCUUAAGAUCCACUUAGUCAAUCUGACAGGACUGAAAAAGAGAAGCUCACUACAGGGACGUUUGGAGUACGCCGACACCAUCAUGGAGGACAUACUGGACUCUGCCGACAAUCCUCUCAAUGGUAAGAAGUGGUGGAUGAAUGCAGAUGAGCCUUGGCAGGCUCUGGCCUGCUGCAUGGAGAUAUCCAAUGCUGUGAGAUCUCCUGACCCAACACAGUUCAUCUCUCAUUUUCCUGUUCACCAGGACGGCUCCUGUAAUGGUCUCCAGCACUAUGCUGCUCUAGGCAGAGAUGUUAUAGGUGCCAAAUCGGUCAACCUCAUGCCCUGUGAGGUGCCCCAGGAUGUGUACAGCGGAGUAGCACAGCAGGUGGAGGAGUUCCGAGCGAGGGAUGCAGCAAGCGGUCUAAAGAUUGCCCAGGCUUUGGAGGGCUUCAUCAGCAGGAAAGUGGUCAAGCAGACCGUGAUGACUGUGGUGUACGGGGUCACACGCUACGGGGGGCGCCUCCAGAUAGAGAAAAGACUGAAGGAGAUUGAUGAGUUCCCCAAGGAGCAUGUUUGGGAUGCAUCUCAUUACCUGGUGCGUCUGGUCUUCAGUGGCUUAAAAGAGAUGUUUACAGGGACCAGAGAGAUCCAGGAUUGGCUGACAGAGAGCGCCAGGCUCAUCUCCAAGUCUGGCCACACUGUGGAGUGGGUGACACCCCUGGGUUUACCCAUUAUUCAGCCCUAUCACCGCACUCGCACCCAAAUGCUGAAGAGUACUAUCCAACAUAUCAACCUCCAGAUCAGCCAUGACACCAAACAGAGGCCAGACACAGUCAAACAGAAGAAUGCCUUCCCCCCAAACUUCAUCCACUCACUGGACUCCACACACAUGAUGCUGACCUCUCUCCACUGCUAUAGUGCUGGCCUGACUUUCGUCUCAGUUCACGACUGUUUCUGGACCCACGCCCUCACUGUGGACACCAUGAACAAGGUCUGUCGGGAACAGUUUGUCGCCCUGCACAACCAGCCAAUCCUUCAAGAGCUGUCCAACUUCCUGCUGUACAAAUACUGCGCUGGGCUGCAGACUGAGGCCAUUAGCAAGAAAUACCAGGAGUACAGGAGGUUAAUGCUGCUGAUCGCCAAAGUGCCCAAGACAGGUGAUUUUGAUCUCGAACAGGUGAAAGAAUCCACUUAUUUCUUCAGCUGAGAGGUCCGUGAGGGCGAGCCAGCGGAGGGAGAUGAAUGGAUUUGACACAAUUCAGCAGGGAGGUUGCAAACCCCAGGGUCUCGACUGUCUCCCACAGACAUCAGGACAUUGAUCCGGCCGCACCCUGCCUUCUUCCUGAUUCACGGUGCUGGCUGGAGAUGCUGGAGUUACUGGAGACGCCUGAUUAACUGACUAGUGGGCUGAUGGAAGGAGAGGGUUGGACACUCAUCCAGGCGAAAGCUGAGGGAAUCAGCACCGAAUAGGAAUGUUAGGACUUCAAUCAGUGAAAAGUACGUCUUAUAGUGGAUAUAUUCAGGUGUAUAUAUUUGUGUGUGAGUGCGUGCCGAACUGACUGAAUCCUUCAUCACUCAGCAACACUUCCACUACUCGAUAAGAUCAAGCAGAAAGGUUUCAACUGCAAAGCUGUAAUUGCCGGUGACUGGUGUGCGAGCAUUUUCAAGCUGUGGAGACCUCGCCCCCCCCUCCGGCGUGCUGACCUGCCUCUGCGACUAUCUCACCUUAUCGUCGAUCCCAUCACUUACUGGAUGGCAGGGUGCUCUCUGACACAAUGUUCAAACAUUUUAAACCUUUUCUGGAGAAGUUUGAGGAGACUUUUGAUGAAGAAAUCAUGUACUGUACUGAAAUGGGGGGGAUACAAAACUCUGAGAAAGAGAAAUGUGAAGGGAAAAGCUAAGGGGCUUUUGGACAUCAUUGUGUGUCUGUUUACUCUUGAUUCUUACCUUCUUGGAGUGACUAAGCACUUGACAAUUGCUCUAAAAUAAAUGUUUUUU